UAUAGCCUGACCCUUUCAAAUACAAUGGAAACAAACAGUCAUAAAUAUUUUGCAGCUCGUAGUCGCCCAAGGAAAUUCCCGCAGGACUCGCUGCGCGUCGGCGCCGCUUAUACCAUGGCCGAGACGAGAGAGGUGAAAGAGGCCACAACUAGUGUUCACACAGCGAGACAGUAACUGGAUGCAUGCACGGGUGUGUGAUCAUUGCAGGUGUGAAUCGUGACAAUGGACACGGGUCUGCUGUCCCUCAAGUGGAACAAUCAUGGAACCACGUUCUUCCAUGUGUUGUCAACCAUCAGACGCAAGGAGUCUUACAGUGACGUGACGCUGGCAUGUGAGGGCAAGUUCUACCCAGUCCACAAGCUGGUGCUGUCCACAUGCAGUGAGUACUUCGAAGAGAUCUUUAACAGAACACAGUGCCGACACCCAGUCAUCGUGCUCAAGGAUGUGAAACACGGGGAACUGGAGGCACUUCUUAACUACAUGUACCUGGGUGAAGUGAAUGUCCUGCAGGCUGAUUUGGCGGGCCUUAUCAAGGCGGCUGAGUGCCUCAAGAUUAAGGGUCUGGCCGUUCCAGACGAGGCGCCAAUCACCCGAAGCAGCGGCAAGGAGAAACGAAGCGCUGGGGAGUCCGGAAGCUCCUCCCAGUCCAAGCGGGCAAGACAGGAUGACGUCAACCUGUCUAGCCAAGUCUACGAGGACACCCGGCCCCAGCGAGGUGACUCCCAUCCUGGCAGGGAGGUGAGGGAGUCCACACGCACACAUUCAGGACCCCGGCCACCCUCGAGUACCACAGAAGAGACCUAUCCCUUCCCCGCCACUGCCCCUAGUCAAGAUGGAGCCCGGGAUAAGCGGGAAGGAAGGGAGUCCCAAUCUGAUGGGGAGAGAUCUAGGCACAAAGAGGGUCCCCUCACCCCAACCCCUAGUCAGUCCCUUGAGGUGUUGGACCACAGUGAUCCUCCUAUAGUCAAGACAGAGGUACUGGAGCAGCCCAAGGAGGAGAAUGACACUAAUGAGGACAUGCUGAACUCCGACAGCAGUAUUGGCUACAACCCUUCCUUACAAGGGGAAGCUGUUUCAGAAGGUGGUCAAGGGUUCGAGCCACAAGUGUUAACCUCUCAACCCCAGACCAUGGAGGAGCUGGUGGCGCAGGCCAUGCCAGGAACUUCAGGCCUUCAGGGGGACUCCCUCGUUGGCUGGGGUGCUGCGCAAGCCGGUGGUGGGGGUGCAGGUGGAGGGGGGGACCUCUCCAGAUUCUCCUUGGAUGCCUUCCAACUUGAGGACUCCCAAAGUGGUUCUCAAGGCUCUACACAGCAGCAACAACAACAGCAACAGCAGCAGCAGCAGCAACAACAGCAGCAGCAGCAGAUGGGCGGCAGCAGCAAGGCGGCGGUGUGGGCGCGAGCCCUGGCCGGCCACUCGCUCGGGGCCAGCCACCAGUGCACCUACUGCCCUAAGCGAUUCUUCCUGCGGUCUGACCUGACCCGCCACCUUCGCACGCACACCGGAGAGAAGCCCUUCAAGUGCCCCUACUGCGACCACAGCACGGCCAUCAAGUACAACCUCAAGAAGCACCUCAUCAGCCGCCACAACGUGGUGGAGCACGGCAUUAAGAUGGAGGCCCUGCAAGGCCGGCAACAGUCAAACGAUGCGUCGUCCACGGCCAGCAGUGGACAGGGCUUCUCGUGGGGCGGGGCGGCGGUCCCCACGCUGCCGGCCGUCCUCUCUUUGCUGCAGCGAGAGAGUCUGCUCGCACCCGCCGCCGGCAGGAGUCUGGCAAGCGACGUGGCUGACAGUAUAGCGUCCCUGACCUGGAGCAGCAGCAAGCUCCCGCACUCUGGCGGCGGCUACUCCUCUAAAGACUCCGCCGGCAGCCUGCAGGGUGUGGCCUCCAGCAGCUGCCCUUCGCUGGACGCCACCGACAGUGUGGCAGCCAACCCCUCCUGGUGCGGGGGCUCGUCCACGGCCUCCCAGCUCGCCUCCUUCGCCGCCCAGGACCAGGACAACCUACCUGGCUCGAGUGUAUGCACCUCGCAGGACUCCGCCAGCACCCAGGUCGCCGCCAGCUGGACCACCGCCGCCGCCGAGCUGGACCUGCCCAUGUUCCCGCCUGAGCUGCAGGAGUGUGACAGCAUUCCGGCGACCUCCUCCUCGGACAGGUUCUUGUCGGCCUCGGCGGCCGAGGCUUUGAGUGGUCAGAGCUGGAGUGGCGACGCCCAGCAACAGCAGCAGCAGCAGCAACAUAUCUCAGCGAUACAUUCCUCUCAGAGUCUGGAGAACGUGACGGGCGUGGCCUCCAGCACCUGUCCCUCCAACGACACGGUGGACAGCGGCGCGUCGCAUUCCACCAGCGACACGGAGUAGAGCCAAGGUGACGCAGCCGUUGCCACACCCGCCCUUCUUAAUUUGUCUUGCUCUCAUGUACCGUCAUCCCGACUAUAUGAGGUCAUUGGUCCGAGGUCGUUCGUCUUUCCCCGCUGUGUAAAUAGUGAACCGUAACUGAACCUUGCCUAGCCAGAGCUCCUGACGGGAAGGUUGUUUAUACUUAGUCCAUGGAAUCGUGAAAGACAUUAUUUGAAAGUGUUUAGGUGCCGUUGACCUGUCAUGUUUGCUGGGUCAGGCUGUUGAGUGGACUGAGAACUUUGAUAGACAUAAGACCCUAGCAGGUCGUGGUGCCAGUGUAGCCGGUGAGAGGACGUGGUGCGUGUCGUUUCCACAUUGGUGUUGACUGCCGAGUCGUGCCGUGAGUGAUAGGUAAUUAUUUAACGCUACGUACGCAUUCAGUUGUGUUGGUGUGCCGACGGUCUUGUGUGAAUCAUUGUGAGAGAGAGAGAGAGAGAGAGAGAGAGAGUGCAACGUUAUUACUGAGUUCUGAAACAUUUUACAGGGUCUUGAUCAAUAGUUAACCAUUAGCUAUCUCACGAAGUACCGGUGGAAGACGAAGAAGGGGAGAAUGAGCGCGCAAAGAAUGUGUAUCCGAACUCGUAGAUUACCGGGCGGUGGUGUGGCCGAGCUGGGUUUGCGGGCGUGUUGUUAAACGUAUCGGCGCCUCAUUUAGCUUACUUAUAAAGCCUCUCGUAGAAGUUGCAGGGAUAUCCAUGGACUGUUUUGUGAUCCCAGUCAUAGUUUUACCCGAAUUCUGCAUCUUGAUCGGAAAACUCGCCCAUGGAAAUACGGUUAAUCCUCUCGGUAGCCUUGAUAAAUAGUCGUAAUGGGAGCCCGAUGCGUUUAAAGGGGCUAUGGCUGGUAUUUUCAGACGCUCCCGCCUCUCACAUCAGCUAUUUCCAAAGAUCGAAAAGGAUAUUAAUAGCUUUGUGAUAAUGUUAUUUCCACGUUCAUGUUACAGAAGCUUUGUCACUACCACCAGGGUCAAAGAACUACCCCUGGAAAUGCCCAAACUACCCGUGAAAGCGUUGUCAAAGUUGUGUUCUUGGGCCUUGGAAGGUUUAAAAAUAUGGCCCUAUUACACUGGGCAAACUUUCCGUGGAUUUUCAGUCAAACCACGAUUUCCGCUGGCGUGGUUCUCCUAUUUCCGUGGUUUUCUGACGUGUCCACGAUCUUCCAAAGCUACGGUAGAUUUCACCGAAGGACGACGGUAUUACUCACCAUCAUCAUCAGCAGCAAUAGCAAGAAACAAAUGAGAACCUCGCUAGCGGAAAUCGUGGUUUGACUGAAGAUCCACGGAAAAUUUGUCCAGUGUAAUAGCCCCUUUAGACUAUGGACUUGAGACUAUGGGUGUGGGUAAGGCGGCGCAGGAGUCACGUCUUGAUUGGCGUUCGUUAUCAGGGAUGUGUGCUCAGAAUCGUCUCUUGCUUGUCUGAUUCCCUUCUUGUCACCCGUUUCCAUCCUUCCUUUAUACGGCAAUGAAGGAAGAUGGUAAUGAUUUUUUAUGCUGAUAUGAACUAAUGAUUUUAAAGUUUUAGACAACUUUGUGUGUGUGUGUGUGUGUGUGUGUGUGUGUGUGUGUUUCCGCAAAAAACAUUCCAAGCAAGCCUGACGUGUUUCCUCAUCCCGAGAGAGAGAGAGAGAGAGAGAGAGAGAGAGAUUAUACAUAUACCAUCGCCGUUUUAUCCAAAAUCAAAACACUUUCCUUGAAGAUGGAUUAUUCAUUUUAUUUUAUUUAUUUUACUAUUAUUUUACCUAUAUAUCGAUCCAUCCAUCCAUCUAUCUAUCUAUCAUGUGUUAUUUUCGUAGAUCAUCGUGCCGUGUCGAUCAUGAAUACCCCCCCCCCCCCUUACUCUGACCACUAACUUAAGCGCCCCUCCCCACCCCUCCCGACCAGACGAAUACUGAAGGGGAAAUGGCGGUGAGGUUUUUAUAAUCUCGUUCUUAAAACCACACUUUAUACAUCAUUUACUUCUUGGACCUUCUCCUUUAUCCUGAUAUGCUAGAUGUCUCCCUGGUGGUGGUGUUUGGUGGUGGUAGUAGUAGUAGUAGUAGUAGGAGGAGGAGGAGGAGAAGGAACAACAGUAGUAAUAGUAGUAGUAGUAUAGUGGUAGUAGUAGUAGUAGUAGUAGUAGUAGUAGUAGUAUCAGUGGUAGUAACGGCAGCAUUAUCAGAAGGAAAAAGGUGAAGUCGUAACAGUAGCAGCAACAGUAGUAACCUCAGGAGCAGCAUUAGUCGUAGUAGCAGCGGUAGUCGUAGCAGUAGUAGUAGUCAUGCUGUUCCU